AUGGUGUUCAGCAGCGCGGCUAUGAUGGCGGUGGCUGACGUUUCCGCCGACACGUGGCAGAGAAUGAGGAGGGUUCCGUCGUCGGAGAUGUUGAAUACCAAUCAGCUUCUUGAGGUGGCUUGUUGCUUCCCUCUUGGUCAUCUCGUUCUCUGUCUAUGGGACUUUCUCUGCUCCCCGAUACCUGAUUCUUACGACGACACUUUAUCUUCUUCUUCUUCUGAUGAUGAUGCUGACUACGAAGAUAUGCUUGCUUUUGAUCAUAACAGUUAUGCUGCUGAUCAUCAUCAUAUGUCGUCUUCAUCGUCUACCUUGGAUUUGGAUGAUUAUUACUAUUACUCGCACUCAGAUUAAUUAAAGUAGCUGACCUCUGCUU